AUGACCGAUCCUGACACUGCGGACCGGACUUACAUCGAACCGCUCACCUGGCAAACAGUGGCCAAGGUGAUCGAGAAAGAGCGGCCCGACGCCGUGUUGCCAACGCUCGGUGGCCAAACCGGGUUGAACCUGGCGAUGGACCUCGCUCGCGAGGGCGUGCUCGAGAAGUACGACGUCGAAAUGAUCGGCGCCAUUCCUUCGGUGAUCGAUAAGGCCGAAGACCGCAAACAGUUCCAAGAGGCCAUGGCCCGCAUUGGGUUGGAAGUGUGCCGCGGGCGAACCGUUUCGAACAUGACCGAAGCCAACGCGGUCUUGAAAGAAAUCGGACUGCCUUGCGUGGUGCGGCCCAGCUUCACGCUCGGCGGUAGCGGUUCAUCGAUCGCCUUCAACAUGGAUGAGUUCGAGCAACUGGUUUCCCGGGGGCUCGAAGCUUCGCCCAUUACCCAGGUGUUGGUCGAAGAAUCGAUCAUCGGCUGGAAAGAAUAUGAAAUGGAGGUGAUGCGCGACAAAGAAGAUAACGUCGUCAUCAUCUGCUCGAUUGAGAACUUCGACCCGAUGGGGGUUCACACGGGCGAUUCGAUCACGGUGGCCCCGGCGCAAACGCUCACCGACAAAGAAUACCAGCGGAUGCGCGAUGCCUCGCUGGCUGUGAUUCGCGAGAUUGGCGUCGAAACCGGCGGAUCGAACAUUCAAUUCGCCAUCGAUCCACGCACCGGGCGGAUGAUUGUCAUUGAGAUGAACCCCCGCGUGAGUCGCUCGAGUGCGUUGGCCUCGAAAGCCACCGGGUUCCCCAUCGCCAAGAUCGCGGCGAAGUUGGCCGUGGGCUACAUGCUGCACGAGCUGCCCAACGAUAUCACCCGCAAGACGAAGGCUUGCUUCGAGCCGACGAUCGAUUACGUGGUGACGAAGAUCCCGCGGUUCGCCUUCGAGAAAUUCCCCGAGGCCGAUUCGACGCUGACUACGCAGAUGAAGAGCGUCGGCGAAACGAUGGCCAUCGGUCGCACGUUCAAAGAGUCGUUCCAAAAGGCCAUUCGCGGUUUGGAAGUCGGCAGCUUUGGUUUCGGGUGCGACGCCAAAGACCGCUGGGGUACCCCGCAACAGCCCGACAUCGAAGAGAUUCGCGCGAACCUCGCCACGCCCAACGCCGAGCGGCUGUGGUUCCUGCGCUAUGCGAUCAAAGAGGGGAUGAGCCUCGAAGAGAUCUACGAGCUGACGGGCAUCGAUCCCUGGUUCCUCGACAAUUUGUUGGAGUUGGUCGAACUGGAAGAGGAGCUUCGCAGCAUCGAGAGCUUCGAGCAGGUCGACACCGAAUUGCUGCGCCGAGCCAAACGCAGCGGGUUUGCCGAUCGGCAGUUGGCCACCAUUUUCGACACGACCGAAAUCACCGUUCGCAACGAACGCAAGCGCCGCGGCAUCGUGGCCACGUUCAAGGCGGUGGAUACUUGUGCGGCCGAGUUCGAAGCUUACACGCCGUACUACUAUUCGACCUACGAGGAAGAAGACGAAACACCGGCGCGCGAGCCCAACCAGCGGCGGAUCAUGAUCCUCGGCGGUGGGCCGAACCGUAUCGGGCAGGGGAUCGAGUUCGACUAUUGCUGCUGCCACGCCAGCUUCGCCAUGCGGGACAUGGGCGUGCAAUCGAUCAUGGUCAACUCAAACCCUGAAACCGUGAGCACCGACUACGACACCAGCGAUGUAUUGUUCUUCGAACCGCUGACGCACGAAGACGUGCUGAACAUUUGCGAUCGCAUGAGUCCCGACGGGGUGAUCGUGCAGUUCGGUGGACAGACGCCGUUGAACCUCGCCCGGGCGCUGGCGACCAGCGGGGUGCCGAUCAUCGGGACGAGCGUCGAUACGAUCGAAGACGCCGAAGACCGCGAGAAGUUCCAGCAGUUGCUAAGCCGCUUGGGGUUGAAGCAGCCUGCCAACGGCAUCGCUCGCACGAUGGCCGAAGCACGGAAGGAAGUCGAGAAGAUUGGCUAUCCCGUGCUGGUGCGUCCGAGUUUUGUUCUCGGCGGUCGGGCGAUGGAGAUUUGCUACGACCUGUCGCAGUUCGAACGGUUUGUGGCCGAAGCCUUCGUCGUGGCCCAAGGUCAGCCGGUGUUGGUCGAUCGCUUCUUGGAAGAUGCGACCGAAGUGGAUGUCGACGCCAUCUGCGACGGCGAGCGAACCAUUGUGGCCGGCGUGAUGGAACACAUCGAAGAGGCCGGCGUCCACUCCGGCGACUCGGCCUGUGCCAUUCCGCCGUACAGCUUGCCGGGUCCGGUCAUCGACGAGAUUAAGCGCAGCACGCAGGCCCUGGCCGAACGGAUGAAAGUUCGUGGGCUGAUGAAUAUUCAAUAUGCCGUGAAGCGCGAAGACGGCGAGUUCAACGUGUACGUGCUGGAAGUGAACCCUCGGGCCAGCCGCACGGUGCCGUUUGUGUCGAAGGCCACCGGAGUGCAGUUGGCCAACGUUGCGGCCAAGGUGAUGGCCGGCGUUUCGCUGGCAGAGCAAGGCGUAACAAGCGACCCGGUGCCGAGCCACGUUUCGAUUAAAGAAAGCGUGUUCCCGUUCGCCAAGUUCCAGGGCGUGGAUAUCGUGCUGGGGCCGGAGAUGAAAAGCACCGGCGAGGUGAUGGGCGUGAGCGACCGGUUCUCGAUCGCCUUCGCCAAAAGCCAGUUGGCCGCCGGCGUGGUGUUGCCCGAGUCGGGCAGCAUCUUCCUCAGUGUGACCCUACGUGGCAAGCAACACGUGGUCGACUUGGGCCGGCGCCUGGUGGCGAUGAACUACAAGUUGCUGGCCACCCCCGGCACCGCGGCCGCAUUGCGCGAAGCGGGUGUGGAAGUUGAAGCGAUCAAGAAGCUGCGGCAGGGGCACCCCAACUUGUUGGACUACAUGAUCGACGGUCGGGUGCAACUCAUCAUCAACACGCCCAGCGGAAAAGGUGCCCGAACCGACGAAGGAAAGAUUCGCGCGGCGGGCGUUGCUUCGGGAGUGCCUUGCAUCACGACCAUGCCGGCGGCUGAAGCGGCCGUGACGGCGAUGGAAGCCCUUCGCGAACAAGACACCACCGUGCAGGCCCUGCAAGAUCGCUUCGCAGCGCUCAAAAGAACUUUCAUCCCACACGGCACGGCCAUGACCGAUAACCUUUUCGUGCGUAUCGUGAUCGUGGCCAUGGCUGGCGGACUGGGCGCGGUGUUGCGUUGGGGUGUGACGCGUUUCAGUCAGGAGUUCUUCACCGAGCACUGGCCACUCGGCACGCUGCUGGUGAACAUGCUGGGCUGUUUCUGUUUCGGCCUGGCCUACGAAACGCUGCGGCAUCACACCAGCGACGUCAGCUUGCUGCGGUUGGUCAUCAUGACCGGUUUCGCAGGCGGGCUGACCACGUUCAGCACAUUCGCCUUCGACACCUUCGAACUCGCGCUGGCCGGUGGCGAACGAGUUUCGACCGCAGGGUUACUCAAGGCCACGGCCAACGUAAGCCUGCAUCCUCCCGUGACUCCUGCGGAACUGCUCGAUUGCAUCCCUGAGAUUGCGCGCUACCAUCGCAUUCCCGUCGCCGAUGAAGAGAAUGCGUUGUUCCCUUGGCAGCAAGCCAUGGGGCUGGUGCAUCCUGGCGAUGACGAUGACAUCAUACUCAGCGAACUCAUUUACAGCACCGACGAUGGACAGCCAGCCCCGAUCCCUCCAGGGAAAGAGUUCGAUCGAAUAAGUCGAUUGCUUGAAUCAAAUCAAGCGGCGUUUGAUUUGGCCGACGAGGGCGUAAGGCGGGGUCGGUUUCAGUUUCCUGAAUUGACUGAUUUCAAACGGGCGUUCGAUGGGGUAUUUGGCACUCCGUAUGAUCUCAUGAGUCUCUCACAGAUGCUGGUUAUCAACGUCAAAUUCAAGAUGGCCGCGGGGAAGUGGGACGACGCCGUGGGUGAGCUGAUCAAUCAGCUUCGGAUGGGUGAAUUGUUAUGUAAUGGUGAUGGCAUCAUUACGUCAUACAUGUUGGGAGUGGGGUAUCGCAGAAAGGGAACGCUAGGGAUACUUCGACUCCUUGAGGAGCAUUCAGUAUCCGGCACGCUGCAUAGGCGUCUCUCACGGGCCGUUGAGAAAAGUCUAGAAACCGAAGACGGUCUCGCUCAGUCUGAACGGGUCGAUUUGUGUUGUUACACUAUUCCCCGAUUUGCCACGGUCGAUGAAAAGGCCGACCUGGAAACACUCGUCGAUCAGAUUCUCGACAUGUACUACGACAGCCAGACCAUGGCAGAUCUCGACCCCGAGGACUGUGCCGACGCACAAAUCAGCGACGAAACUCGCCAGCAGCGGCUUCAAACGCGCCGGCAGCAGAUACUCGAAAUCCUGGACGGUCACCCGUGCCCCUUCGAUAUGGCCGAUACGAUGCGAGUGACUGGAAGCUUGCUGGCUGAGCGGAUUGAGUUUGCCGAACUCUAUCAUCGUGAAAGGGAGUUUGGCUUAGUGGAGUUCCUCGCGAAGCGAACGCAUACUUUCUUUCGCGAUCGGCGUUUGAACAAGGCAACGCGAUACUGGCCCGGUUCGCUAACUCCAAAUUGUUCACUCGAUCAUUUUGGUGACGACCCUCAGGCGAUUGCCAGCCGACAGUUUGUGAAGUCGCACAUGCCGGAGAUUGAUUUCAGCGAAUUGGAGCCCGCCACCCCGGCUCAGUUGAAGCAGGCCAAAACGCGGUUACGGCGCAUAAAGAAUCCACUGGGGUUAAUACUGCAAUCGGCGCUGUGUUCCAUUGAUGUCCGCCACUUCGUGGCCGAGCACCGGGAAAACCUCUGGGCAAUUCAGGAGAAACUUCGGUCUGCGGCCUGA